UUUACAAUGCAUCGAUACAUCGAUAGGUACCUUCGAUAAUUCUACACCUCUAUAUUUUUUUGUAGAAGAGUUAGGCUAGCUGCUAUUUAGUCGUAUAUGACUUUGUUACGGAUUGCACAUACUGCACAAAUCAGUUUAAUUAAUGAAUCGGAUAAAUGAUAGCCACACGUAAACGAAUUCUUAUCAUUUUAUUUCUAAUUAUCGUUCUGGGACUCUUGCUACGUAUUAUUUUCUUGUACAAUCCACUGCUGACAUUAACGGAUGAACCCAGUUUUCGUCGGGCUGCCGGAGCACCGGUGCUCGUAAUGGUAUUCUAUGAAGCUCUCUGCCCCGACUCCAAAUUCUUCAUCACCAAGCAACUGUUGCCUGCCUUCAAAGUGGCAGCGCCUAUUAUGGAAGUGCAGCUGGUGCCCUAUGGCAAGGCACACACUGCCACUGACAGCGAAGGCAAAUACACUUUUGAAUGUCAACAUGGUUUAACGGAAUGUCAGGCAAACACCUAUCAUGCUUGCGCAGCUGAAAUUAUCGAUGAUCCUCUGCUGCGACUAGAAGUGGUGACCUGCAUGAUACAUGAUAACCGACACCCUAAAGAGGCUAUGCAAAAGUGUGCCAAGCAGCACAAUGUGGAGAAUUUGGACCUUAUUCAAAAGUGCUAUGACAGCAGUCAUGGAGCCGAGUUGAUGAAACUCAACGGAGAUGCGACGCAUGCGCUGCGACCACCAGUUACCUUCAUUCCAACCAUCACACUAGAUGGUUCUCAGGGCAGACAAGCAUCGAUUUUAAAGGAUCUACUUUCAGAGGUCUGCAAGAUAGCCGGGAACACUGAGCAGACACAGAAGUUUUGCACACAACUUUAGCUUUAUAUUUUAUUUGACAAAAUAUAAAUGUAAAUUUUAAUUUUUACCUACACACGGACAAUUGUUAAAUAAAUAUUAGUUCUUUUUUAUAUUGGUA